AUGAAAGUGAAUUCAGAACCUGUCUCCUUCUCUGACUUCCUGUCUACUGCUAUUACCAAUACCAUCCCUUCUUCCAUUUUCUCCCUUCCUCAUAUCAGGUACCUUGACCUUAGUUUCAACAACUUCAUAUUAUCAAAGAUUCCAACAGGAUUAUCAAAUCUCAUUGGACUUGCUUACCUCAAUUUAUCAAGCACAAUGUUUAAUGAUUCUAUGACAACCCAGUUUACCAACCUUACUUCCCUUACAGCACUUGAUCUUUCUUGGUCCUUUAGCAUCUGGGACUACUCAUCCAUUUUCGCUAAUUUGUCUUCUACUCUGACAAUUCAUUCUGGUGCUCUAUACACAUACAUAAACAGAGGCAGUCUCUCUGCAUCAAAUUUGAAUUGGUUACAACAACUGAAUAAUCUUAGAGAACUAAAAUUGAGUGGUGUUGAUCUAUCAGAGUCAUCUCGAUCAGCCCUGUGGGCUAAACCAAUAUCAAAUCUUUCCAAGCUGAGGUUACUUGACCUAUCAAAUUGCGGGAUUUCUGGCAAGGUUCCUGUUGAGCAGCUUCUCAACCUCACACGUCUCUCUCAUUUGUUCAUGGACUUUAACAUUAUAGCAUCCGAAAUCCCAAGAAAUUUGGCCAAUCUCACCUCUCUCUUAAUCCUUGAUCUCACCAGAUCAAACCUACAAGGCCAUAUCCCCUACCUUCCUCAACUAAAGGGCGAGAUACCUGCAUCCAUGAUGAACCUUUCAAGGAUAGAAAAAUUGUUACUGGAUUUGAACCAAUUGACUGGUCAGACAUCACCUUCAAUAUCCAAUUUAAAAAGCUUGAAAUAUCUAUCUUUGAUUCAGAACUCUUUCCAUGGAUCCAUACCUGACAUAAUUUGUAGCAUCUCCUCUCUUCGCUAUCUGGUUUUAGUGGGUAAUUCUUUUACUGGAAACUUACCAGAUUGCAUCGGCCAGCUCCAUGAUCUCCGCUACCUUGCAGUUAACUACAACAAGAUGAAUGGAACAAUACCUUCACUGUCAUCAUUUUUCCAUAACUCGACUCUCUAUAUGGUAAGUCUUGGACUUAGUGGGCUAAGUGUGAAAGUAAACCAACUACCGUUUCCACCCAAGUUUCAACCAAAAGUGUUGUCCCUAGGGUCAUGUAACUUAGGAGGCACAAUCCCAAAUUUCAUAUCAAACCUGACCCAACUAACAUUUUUAGGUUUGUCUAAUAACAACCUAUCAGGACCAAUUCCCUCUUGGCUGUUCAAUCUUCCCAAUUUAGGUUAUUUAGACAUCUCCCUUAACAAACUCCAAGGGGUUAUCCCACCUAACAUUAAGCUAAAGUCAUUUUUCUUACCCACAACACUUAAUUUAAGAAACAAUCAACUUCAAGUACCAAUCCCUCAAAGGCUUGAGAACAUAGAAGCCUUGGAUUUAUCCGCAAACAAUUUCACUGGCUACAUUCCUAAAGAGGUUGGACUUGGGAACAUUAGAUACUUGGCACUCUCCAGCAAUAAUCUUUUUGGUCAUAUCCCAUUUUCCCUCUGUCAAGCAAAAAAUGAGCUCAUGUUGCUUGAUCUUUCCAACAACAACUUGGGAGGAACGGGUCCAACCAUGUUAGGUAACUGCACAUCUCUCGUAUAUCUAAACCUUGGUGGGAACAAGCUUAGCGGAGGUAUUCCAAAUGAAUUGCAAGGGAAAUAUAUUGGUGUUGAAGUGAAUCUACUUGCUAAGGGAUUGUCACUGCAGCUUAAGGUGGUCUGCACAUACCAUAAUGGGAUGGAUCUUUCAUGCAACAAUCUAAGCAGAAGCCUUCCAUCUGAAUUAGGGCUGUUGCAAGGGCUUUAUCCACUUAAACUCACACAAAACACCCUGUCUAGGCCACACUUCGACACACUGAGCAGAGAUGGGUUAGCAUACACUGGAAACAAUUUCUUAUGUGGAGCUCCCGAUAGUGUCGAAUGUGACGCUAAUGGUUCCCCAACAACGGAAUCAAGUGAUGCGGAAGAUAUCGGACAGUGGAAAUUGGUGUAUGCGAUUGGGACUGUAGGCGGCCUGCCAAAUGUGAAGCUUAUGAUUACAUACGGUGGUCAUUGGGUUGAUAACACUUACAAGGGUGGUGAGACACGAAUGAGGGAUGUUAGGAGUGAUUUGUCAUUUUCGAGACAAGCGAAGCUGGUUGAAAAGGUUGUUGGGGUCAACUCACAUAAUAAUGAAAUCGAGCUACAUGCAUCGCUCAGCCAUGUAGCAGGGGUUUUGCGCGCAAUUAUUAGGGAUAAUGAAGAUGUAGUAAGUAUUCUACGAGAUGAGAGGGCAGUUGUUGUGUUUGUGACAGUUAAGAUUGAAGAUGAUGUUGAAGAGGAUGACACGACGGAUCGAAACGAUGAGUUACGUGAUGACUGUGAAGAUGAUUACGUUGGCGGACAUGAAGACCGUUCAGAGGAAGACAGGGUUGAGUAG